AUGAAGCCCGAGAACGAACACGAUGAAGGCGCGUCCGCCGCCGGUUCGUCAUCGAACCACCGCAUCGAAGCACCCCAGCCGGAGUCAUUUCUCCCUCGCCACGUUCCAGGACGUCCCAAUUACAUGACCGUCGGCACUGGCUCAACGCCUGAGGCAGCUGCGCGUCUGGUCUCGAUGCUUGACCAGGAUUCCGGAUACGGUGGGAGUCUGGACAAUGGCGAGAACAGCGCCCCCAGGUGGCACAGCGGCAUCUUAGAGGACCGACCGACACCCAGCCAUACACCUGUAUUGUCCGGUGAAAGCAAUCCUGCUUCGGAAAAUGAGAGACGCGUAGUUGCAAGCCAUGUGCUUCAACUCUACUACAACCAGAACAAAACCGCCCUCGGUCGAGCGAUCCAUGGCACCAUUGACACCCUGAAAAGGUUCCAGGAGAUGAACUUGAAGUGGCCAGCCCAUUAUCCCUCAGUUCAGGCGGAACAAUCACCGACUCAGUCCCGCAACGAUCCCCGCCCUGGACUACAACACACUCAGUCUACCCUGGACAACCACCAUAGCCCUAUACAGAGCCCGUCAAGGCCAACGGGACCAAGAAGAGCAGGGACGUCCCUUGGCGAGGAUUCAACAGUAGCUGAAUCUAGCUCGGCCGCGGCCCAUAAGCCCGCCCCUGAGCCCAGACUAGUCACUCCCCAGCUCGCUCAAGACUUUUCGGUCCUGAAGCUGGAGCUGAAGAUGGGCGGCCGGAACCAAUCGGAUCUCGUCCACUCCUUGGAAAAGGGCUCCAUUGCUUCGUUGCUUGAUGGCCAGAUACAACAGAGUAUUCGACAUCUCGGAUCCCUCAAGGAGAGAAUCGAGGACACCGCAAGCAAAGUACUUGUAACUGGAGAUCUCAACGCCGGAAAAUCGACGUUCUGUAAUGCUCUAUUGCGCCGUAAAGUUUUACCGGAGGACCAGCAACCAUGCACCAGCAUUUUUUGCGAGGUUCUUGAUUAUAGGGAGAACGGUGGCGUAGAAGAAGUUCACGCGGUUCCAAUCGGAUCCGUCUAUAACCGCCAUGACGAAAGCACGUACACUGUAUUCUCUAUCAAAGACCUCGAAAAAAUUGUCAUAGAUAACGAGCGCUUCUCCCAGUGCAAGAUAUACAUCAAGGACAUUCGCUCCGUUGAUGAAUCCUUGCUCAAUAAUGGAGUGGUCGACAUAGCCUUGAUCGAUGCGCCCGGCUUGAAUAAUGAUUCCUUGAAAACCACAGCAAUUUUUGCCAGGCAAGAGGAGAUCGACGUGGUAGUGUUUGUAGUAUCCGCUGCAAAUCACUUCACCCAGUCGGCCAAGGAGUUCAUCUUCAAUGCAGCCCGUGAAAAGGCCUACAUUUUCAUGGUGGUCAAUGGCUACGACAACAUCAAGGACAAGCAGAGAUGCCAAGAGAUGAUAUUAAAGCAAGUGGCACAUCUAAGCCCCGCAACCUUCAAGGAAUCGUCUGAACUGGUACACUUUGUCUCAAGCAACGCCAUUCCAGUCGCACCAGCAGGCGCUCCCGGUGGUGGUGGUGGACCAGGAGGAUCCGCGUCUGGCUCUUCUGGAGUGGCAGCUUUCUCCGACGAUCCAGACGGAGAUGAUGACGACGAGCCGAAGGGCAAACACGGCGAACCUGGUUCUCCAGGCGGCAAGGGCAAAGGCAAAGAGCGGGAAAAGCUACAAGACUUCGAAGAGUUAGAAUCGUCCCUACGCCGAUUCGUUUUGGAGAAGCGUGCUCGAUCGAAAUUGGCCCCUGCGAAGACUUACCUCCUGAACGUGUUGGGCGAUGUCAACAACCUCGCAUCGGUGAAUCGCGAGGUUGCACAAGCAGAGCUCGAGCGUGUGAAGACAGAGUUGGACGAGGUUAUGCCUGCAUAUGAACAAUCCAAGAAAGCGAGAACCGAGGCCGGAGAAGCCGUUGAUCACGAGGUUGAAGCGGCCACUUCCGAAGUCUACAGUCACACAAGGGAUACUGUAAACAGUUCAAUCGAGCGCGUAGCGGAGCAGGAUCUUGGGAUACCAUACCCGGGACUAUGGAGUGCUUACCAAUAUGCCGAAGAUAUCAGGAACGCCAUGCUCCAGGAGAUUACGUGGACAGUCCACCAAUGCGAAGAAUAUGCCCGUAACCGAGCUGUACAAGGUUUCAAUGGUAUUAAAAAUUUGGGAAUAUUGCAUCUCGGUAAUAAACUCUACGCGGACGUCAUGUUUUUGCCAGAGAGAAUGUACCGGAAGCCGAUGCAUGCAUUAGCCCGUCAAGUUGACGUUGAAGUUGAAGUGUGGGACUUCUUCGACGUUGCAAAUCUCUGGGAGAGACAGGAGAAAGUCGCCGGCACUGGUAUGGCCAUGACUGUUGCUGGAGUAAUAGGUGGGAGGAUGGUGGGUGGUGUUGGCUGGAUGGACGGGGCUGUUGGCGCUGCCAAGAUCCUGGGCUCCAACAACAUGCGUAGGCUGAUAAUACCCGGUCUCAUCGCUACCGUGGUUGUCGGUGUGUCUUACGCAUUGACGUCCAUUCCCCGAUCGUUACCUCGACGUCUAAGUACCAAGCUCUCUGCCCAACUAGCGGCACUUGAUUACACACAUGCCAAUGCCCUGCGUAUCAGCUCGGAAGUCCGCAGAGCACUUAAAGGACCUGCCAAUGAUCUCCGUAUUGGUCUCCAACGCAACGUGGAGAAAUUGCAAGUCAAGAAGGAAGAGACCAGCAAGUCAAGAGCAGAGGCAGAAGUAGCCCGGAAAUACUUCUCGAACCUUGUUCGCGAGAGUAAUGACAUUCGGCAUGGUGUGCAACGAAUGGCCCAGCGAGAUCCACGGCCCCUGGUACUCCUAAUAAUCUUGUUCCUGAUUCUCAACACCCCCGAACCGCAACAGCAAGGCCUCCCCUACCAAUCGCGCUACGAGAACGUUCUCACUCGAGAGAGAGAUGCGCUCGAUGUCCUCAAUACUACCCGCUAUGAUGACUUCGAUGGCGUUUCUCAACACUGGCUGAACUUAACUGGGCUCAGGGAAGAUGAUGGACUGGCCUGGGAGCUGCUAUCCCCAGUGAAGCAGCGAGCCAGGGCGCAGACCACAUAUCUACUGGGAGAGGGAGCGGAGAAGUAUCUAGAUGGCUCUGUGGAAGGCGAUGAAUACCCUGCCCUAUAUAAGAACGUCACCGGAUACGUGCAGGGAGAAUGGGUUAGGUCCCAAGUCGGUCGAGGAGUCCGGGCACCUCGCCUCAACCUGUCAGCUAUCGCACCGGACCAAAUAUUCCCACUAUGGGACUUCGACAGAAACCUCACCGGAACCAGUGGAGAUGUACGGUUCCAUUUCAGCGAACUAGACUACAGCCGAGAUACGGCAGAGAACGACACUGUAUCCUCGAUCAUUGCUCGGAUGGUCAUCGGCGAGGACAGUUCUAUGGGCAACUGGUGGGAAGUCAAGCUGCACGGCGUACAUUUUGUCGAGUCCGGGGGCAUUCUUCUCAGCACGACGAGUGAAAAGUUCGCGGGUAUAUUUGCCCUUCCUCAUUUCGCGAUAUCAGAAAACCAGUACCACAAGACUCAGACCCUCUUGAACCGUACUAUCCAGGAGGUGAUUAGCAGACAAGAGUCUCAACCAUUUCCGAUAUGGAACCCGUGGAACUCCGCCACAGAGCCUAGUGAGACAAUGUUUCCACCGGCACAUUGCGAAUAUGUGGUCUACUUACAGCAACAUCCGGUUGCUUUCCGAACUCCCUUCAAGCAAUACCCUACCAGCAAUCCCUACUAUCUGCAUAACAUUGAAGAUGAGAUCCGUUUCCCGACUGGAUCGCCUCUUCCUGGUGCUUCGCCGCUUUCCAUGUCAAUGAUGGCAUUCUCACCUGACUGUGGGUUUGUAAUUGAAUCCAAAGGGCCUCCGGACUACGCUCGUACGGAGGCCUUGCAUCUUAGAGGAGCCAAGGUGGAGAUAUUCAUGGAAGUGGCGAGACGCAGCACGCUUGUGUUUGUGUUGACAUUGGCCGCACAGCUGAUGUUCCUUGUGAAGCAAAUGAAGGAAACCUCGACGCCAUCCACACGCAAUCGUGUGAGCUUCUACUCAGUCGCUAUGAUGGCUUUGGGCGAUGGGUUCUGGUUUUUGACCCUCGUCUUUGUGCACGUCUUCCUCGAUGAGCCACUACUUGUGCUCUACGCGACAGCCUUUAUGGCGCUAUUCUCAGUUGUGUUCGAGCUGAGAUUCUUGAUGGACAUUUGGACCAUUCAAGCUACAGAGCGUCGACGGCAACAAAGACAGGAUGCAUCCACGAGCUCCGCUACUCCAGAUCCUCGCGCAUCCUCCAGUCCAAGUGGUCCCCAAAGUAAUCAGCCCGUGGUUCCAGUAGUUUCUGCCGCCGGUGUUGAUACUUUACCGUUGCCCGUCACUGCGAAUCGCCCCGUGGUGGAUACUGGGGCAACGCCAAUUAUCAUUCCGUCGGAUCAAGACCUAGAUGCCGCUACGGAGAAUACUACAACUGCCACUGCAACGCCAGGGAAUGUUGAGCCAGUGCCUACUAGAGCUGAACUUGGCACACUGUAUACACGAUACUGCCUCUUACUCAUAGUAUUCUUCUUCGUCACUCUCCACGCAGGGUCCUGGCCCGUCGCAGCUCGAUCUGUCUAUUGCAACAUCGUGUCUUUUAUCUACCUAUCCUUCUGGUGCCCUCAGAUUUACAGGAACGUCAUGCGCAAUUGCCGAAAGGCUUUACGAUGGGACUACGUGCUUGGUCAAAGCAUGGCGCGACUGGUUCCUUUAUCCUACCUUUAUGCCGUUUCCAGUAACAUCAUCUUCUCUCAGAACGACCUCCAAGCGUUGAUGGUCCUCGUUGGAUGGGUGGGCCUACAAGUCUUCGCCCUCCUCAGCCAAGAGAUCCUCGGCCCACGCUUCUUCGUCAAAGAAGGCUGGGCACCGCCAGCAUACGAUUACCAUCCCGUGCUACGGGAAGACGAGGAGGGCGCCAUGAUGCCAAUCGGCUCCACCCAGGUCUCCGAAGACGAGCCAGGCUCCUCGACGAAGCCGGGCGAGGCGAUGGACAAGGACAAGGGGAAGAAGAUAUUCGAUUGCACGAUUUGCACGCAGGACAUCGAGGUUUCGAUCAUUCCGAGCGGUGGGUCUGUGGAGAGUAAUGCGGGCAUUGGCGGGAAUAUUCUUGCGAGGAGGGCGUACAUGGUCACGCCUUGUCGGCAUAUCUUCCAUACACCGUGUUUGGAGGGUUGGAUGAGGUAUCGGUUGCAGUGCCCGAAUUGCCGUGAGAUUCUCCCGCCCUUGUGA